AUGGAAGAUAAUCCUGCCAUCGAACCACACGGACCCAAGGCGCGCCAUCGCGCAACCAGCCCCGCGCCGAAGGUGAAGCCUUCCGGCAAAGCAGCUGCAAGCAAACCUGUCGAGGCCCAGGCUGCGCAAGAAUGGCUUGCCAUGCUUGGGUGGAUUGCACUCCUGGUGAUCACUCAGCUACUUAUGAUUGUCUUUGCAAAAAGGUGCACAGGUCAAGCGCCCCUUCCGCUGCUUCUGUGCUUGGCGCAGUUCACCAUCUCGGCGGUGCUGUCUUCCUCUGCCUCGCACGCUUUGAGCCGGAGUCGAAAGAGUAAGGCGGGUAACGCUGCACCGGGCACGCCCGCGCAGUUGUUGGCACCCUGGACCGUGCUGGCGGACAUUUUGCCCCUGAGUGCUGUGUGGACGGGUGGGUUCGUGAUGUUCAACGCGGCGGCGCUUCACAUGAGCCCGGGCAUGGUGAAUGUCAUCCGCUGCAUGGAACCUUUGGCUACUGUCUGUGUGGGAGCUGGCUUGGGGCAGCAGUUUUCGUGGCAAGUGCUUGCCACGCUUGUGCCCAUCUGUGGCGGAGUUGCUAUGGCUUCGCUGACAACAGGAAGUUUUUCCGCGACAGGCAUCUGCUUUGCCAUGGUUUCGAAUGUGGCAUUCUGCUGCCGGUCCUUCUCCCUGCAGCGGCUUCGCCGCAAUCCGCACAACAAGCUCGAUGACUUGGCUGUCUUCUUCAAUGUCAGCUGGACUGCCACAGUUGCGUUGCCGUUUCUCCAGGUUCCGCUGGAGGGCGCGCAGGUGCUUCCAUCAUUGCAGGCUCUAGGUGACCGGCGAUGGAUCUUUGCAAUGGACCUGUUGGCUAGUAGCGUAUUCUUCUUCCUCUACCAGUUCGUGCAGUUGCUCGUUAUGACCCAGCUCAGCCCUUUGGCGUUCUCGGUUUUGACGCCGGUGGUGAAGGCCCUGAUGAUUGUCGUGCUUACCCUUUACUAUGGGGAUGAGAUGAGCCCUCUCAGUGCACUGGGCGUGGUCCUAUCCGUGGCGGGUGGCUACCUGUUCACACUUGCAAAAAGCAAUUCCGGUCGCGCCAAGGACGUCCAGAAGAAUACGUAG